UAGUGAUUAUCUUAUCACUUCAGUAUUUGACGUCUACAGUGCAAGUAUUAUCUGAUCAGUCUUGUCGUAGGCUUUAUUCUGACAGUAUACAAUGUUCAAGUCUUGUUUACUAUUGUUUUCAGUUUUAACUCUGACAUAUGGUCAGGCAAUUCAGUUAAUGCCAGGAACUACAACAAAAACACAAUGUAAAGACAAAUUACCAAACUGUUUUGCAUUUAAAAAAGAUUCUUGUCUAGCACCAUAUGAACAAUGGGCAAAAGAUUACUGUCCAGUCUUUUGUGGAUUCUGCGUAGGUCCAACAACCCCAGUACCACCUUGUGAGGACAUCAAACCUGAUUGUCAUGUAUACCAAAAAUCUGUAUGUACUGACGACGCAUACAGACAAUGGGCCUUUGAUAAUUGUGCGUACUACUGCCGACUCUGUACAUCGGACCAGCUUAUUAUUAAAGACAGUCAAGUAACAACUUUACCGCCAUCAUUAUGUGUGGAUAAACGUCAAGACUGUGAUAAGUAUGGUAAAGACUCCUGUACAGGCCCAUACAUUACCUGGGCUACAGAGAACUGUAAUCGUUAUUGUGGAUUCUGUACCGGUCUACCUACAACGACAAAGCCAUGUAUAGAUGCCAUACCCAAUUGUAAUCAGUUCCAAAAAGAUACAUGUACAAACAUUAAGUACAAAGGAUGGGCGGAUGCAAACUGUAGUAAACAUUGUGGUUUCUGCUCUGACGGAAGUAGUAGUGGUAAUCAACCAUCUGUAACUUCUGCUCCAACAUUUGCACCACCUCAACCACAAGCUCCAGGAAAUCAACCUACCCCUUCAGCUACAUUGGCACCACCUCUACCUGCUGGUAAAUGAUUAUUUAUUUGUAAUGAGUUAUACAAAAACAUUAUAUAAUUAAAAAAUGAAAACGA